AUGCGUCCGGGAGAAGCGCGAGUGGCGAUGGCCGAUUGUCUCAAAACGUGCCUGGAGAGCAAGGUUAUCGCGGUGAUUCCGCCUUACGUGCGCAUGCCCAAGCAUAUUGGUGAGAAGACGCUCCUCCUUCAGCUACUCCAGGCCCACGCGGGAGGGACGACGGCAGACCCCCUCGCCCGGGGUCUAGUCAAGAGUGCCAAGCACACGAGCUAUGACGCAGCAACUCAUCGUCUGGCCUCUGUGCUGCAGAUCGAGCAACGGCUGCGGGUUGGCACUCCCAAAUAA